AUGGGACCACCACCUCGACCAAACCGAAACUCUAGCCUCCCAUCUAUCGACAAACUCUUAACAACACCCACAGUCAUGGGAUCACUAUCUCAAUCAAACCGAACCCCCAGCCUUCCAUCCAUAAAGGAGAUCCUAAGCGGUAGUCGACCACCAUCUCCACCACACUUGAGCUACCCAUCCAUGAAAGAGCCCCCAGCAACACACACCGUCAGUCGCACACCCUCUCCGCCAGAUCUAAUGGACGAAGACCUGUACAACUCACUGAUCGCCGAAGGGUUUGAGGUAGAAAGAGAUAUGAGGCAUUACGGGGAGUUGAUACCGACCAAGCCAUACGUGAGCAGCAAGGAGAUUGUAGAUUCCAUCCUCUCCGUACAAGAUAGGCGAAGAGACACUGAGAUGCUAUCAAAGCUACCAAAACUUAAGCUCCGGUUUGAGCCCGAUCCUCGGGAAAGUGACCCAGACUUGGAUCCAGAUGAGUCUUAUUAG